AUGGAAAACGUUAAUAAGAACAAUGCAGUGCUUUUCUUUCCCUAUCCAAGUAUUUCGAUGUACGCUUCAUUUACUGGCCCAUUUGUCAUUGUUGGAUUAUAUAAUGGUAAUAUUAUUAACAGAAGUACAAUAAUUUGUUUGCUGUUUUGCUUUUUUCCUGAUUUCUUUGUGUUCAAAAUUUCCAUUUCCACACAUCAAAAUGCAAUGUUUAUCUUCUGGAUCACAUUAACAAACAAAAUAUGGCAGAAUGUUUUAUUACGAUAG